UCUAUUGAUCCAGGUCAGCAGUUCACCUGGGAGCACUCCAACCUGGAGGUCAACAAGCCAAAGAACCGCUAUGCAAAUGUUAUUGCCUACGACCACUCCAGGGUCAUCCUCACACCUGUGGAUGGAGUUCCAGGUAGCGACUACAUCAACGCCAACUACAUUGAUGGCUACAGGAAGCAGAAUGCUUACAUUGCCACACAGGGGCCGCUGCCGGAGACACUGAGUGACUUCUGGAGGAUGGUGUGGGAGCAGAGGACCUGCACCAUCGUUAUGAUGACCCGCCUAGAGGAGAAGUCACGGGUGAAGUGUGACCAGUACUGGCCCAGUCGAGGCACAGAGACAUAUGGGAUGAUUCAGGUCACCAUGCUGGACACUGUGGAGCUGGCUACGUACACAGUACGCACAUUUGCCCUCUAUAAGAAUGGCUCAAGUGAGAAGAGAGAAGUUCGACAGUUCCAGUUCAUGGCCUGGCCUGAUCAUGGAGUGCCUGAGUAUCCCACCCCAACACUGGCCUUUCUACGCAGGGUCAAGGCCUGUAAUCCUCCAGACGCUGGACCCAUGGUGGUCCACUGCAGUGCUGGUGUGGGCCGGACAGGCUGCUUCAUUGUGAUCGAAGCCAUGCUGGAGAGGAUGAAACAUGAGAAGUCGGUGGAUAUAUACGGUCACGUGACGUGUAUGCGAGCUCAGAGGAACUACAUGGUGCAGACAGAGGAUCAGUACGUAUUCAUCCAUGAGGCCCUGCUGGAAGCUGCAACAUGUGGCAACACUGAAGUCCCAGCCAGAAACCUGUAUGCCCACAUCCAGAAGCUCACCCAAAUCCCUUCUGGAGAGACUGUCAGCGCCAUGGAACUGGAGUUUAAGAAACUGGCAAACUCUAAAGCACAUACCUCAAGAUUCAUCAGUGCCAACUUGCCGUGUAACAAAUUCAAGAACCGUCUGGUAAACAUCCUGCCUUUUGAAUCCACCCGAGUCUGCCUGCAGCCAAUCAGAGGGGUGGAGGGCUCCGACUACAUCAAUGCCAGCUUCAUCGACGGAUACAGGCAGCAGAAAGCAUACAUGGCCACCCAGGGCCCGUUAGCCGAGACCACAGAGGACUUCUGGAGAAUGCUGUGGGAACACAACUCCACCAUUGUGGUCAUGCUCACCAAACUCCGCGAGAUGGGACGGGAAAAGUGCCAUCAGUACUGGCCUGCUGAGCGCUCAGCACGCUACCAGUACUUUGUUGUGGACCCUAUGGCUGAGUACAACAUGCCUCAGUACAUCCUGAGAGAAUUCAAAGUCACAGAUGCCAGGGUAGGUCCUCCUCAGCGGAGAUUUGCUGCUGCUGAACGGGGCAGCUACCAAGAAGAAUGG